GGCUUUUAGGUUAGUUUUGCAUUUGAUUCAAGUUUGAGUAUAGAUUUGGGGUUAAAAUCAAGUUGUGGGUUAGUUUUGGAAAAAACCCCUAACAUCAAACUGUAUAUAAUAUUAUGUAUAUUGUAUAAUUAAUACUUAAUAUGUUGAGAUUUUCUUAAAAAUACAAAAUAUAGUUUGGUAAGUAUAUUUAUAUAUUUUCACAAAAAUGGUAGAUGUAUAGAUGAUAUGUAUAUUCAAAUAGAAUAACUGUUUAAACAGAAUUACCCUGAAUUCAAUUUGAUUAUAAAGUUAAAUUAUUAUGUUAGUAAAUUAAAUUAUUAUGUUAUUCAUUCAAAUUACUAAUCCUGUCUAUGUUUUUUUUCUAAAUUAUUAGAAAACUAAGAAAAAAUUGUAAUAAAAAAAUAUUUUGGCAUUUUCUUUUAACAUUUGGUUUUAGACUUUUAGUAUAAGAUAAAAUAAAAUAUAGUUAAUUACAGUUUCUUCAGUACUUUCAGACCCUCAAAAGUCUUUUAAACCAUAAAUUAAUAUAUUACAUUCCAAGUAAUAAACAUACUGUGAAGAAUUAUAAUGAACAUUAAAUUAGUUAAUUUAGGUUUUGCCCACCCAAAAAGGAUGCAACCUCCACCAAAUUUCAUCAUUUUGGACAGCAAAAUAUGUUAAAUGAACAAUAAAUUUAUAUAUCCGUCUCUGCUAUAACUAUCCUCUCUCUCACAAACAUAUCAUUAAUUUAUAUAACUCUCCCUCACAUACAUAUCCACAAAAUUCAAAUCAAAACCAUUUUUUCAUUACCACCACACAUCAUGGCCAUUGCACAGUGGCUCAACCAAACCAUAGGCUUCUUCAUCUUCUUUUUCCUUGACAUUUUUGAUUACUUGUUUUGUUUCAUUUACAAAACGUUAGAUUUAUUCUUCGAAUACGAAUGGAAACCUUGUUAUUGCUCGUUUCCACUCGAGGCACAAGCCAAGACCAGGAAAAUCAUCGUGUCCGAACGAGGAGAUUACUCAAAUGUUGUGUCUAUGACAAGAACUAAGAUCCAUUUCGAUGAGAUCUCAGACACGCUUUACGCACGCGGUCCUUCGCUUCUAAUGAGGCUCUCUAAGCUCGUGAGCUCCGUGAAAUUCUUCAAUUAUACGGGUUUGAUCAUGAGACACAAUGUGGUGGACUCUUGUGAUAAUACUUAUGACUCUAAGAAGAAGACUAGAAGUGGUAGCAAAAAGAGAUUAAUGACUUUGAAUUCUACGGUCGUUGAGAAAUUACCAACAACGCCAAGAUGGUCUGAUUGUCAUUGCAGCUUUUGCACUUCAUGGCUUUCUCCUUCCAACAAAGAUUCUCUAUAUGUCAAAGUUCAACAACCUAAAGAUAAUAAGAAGGCACGAGACAACGUUGUAUUCAUACAUGGUUUCUUAUCUUCAUCAUCCUUUUGGUCAGAGACUCUCUUCCCAAACUUUUCUGAUACAGCCAAAUCGAAUUAUAGGCUCAUCGCAGUAGAUCUUUUGGGUUAUGGAAGAAGUCCAAAGCCAAACGACUCGUUGUAUACAUUAAGAGAACAUUUAGAGAUGAUUGAGAAAUCAGUGAUCUCUCAGUAUAAACUGAAAAAGUUUCACGUAGUGGCUCACUCUUUAGGCUGCGUUUUGGCUCUUGCGCUCGCUGUUAAACACCCUGGAGCUAUAAAGUCCCUCACUCUCUUGGCUCCUCCAUAUUACAAGGUGCCAAAGGGAGUACAAGCAGCACAAUACGUGAUGAGGAAAGUAGCUCCAAAGAACGUCUGGCCACCGAUGCAGUUUGGUGCAUCGCUAAUUAGCUGGUAUGAGCACCUUGGCCGCACAGUUUGCCUUGUACUCUGCAAAAGCCAUCGCUUGGUUGAUUCCCUCACUCGCCUCCUCACCUUAAACAGGAUGCGAACGUAUUUGAUAGAAGGAUUUUUAUGUCACACACACAACGGGUCGUGGCACACAUUACACAAUAUCAUAUUCGGAUCAGGAGGCAAGCUCGAUUCGUAUCUGGACUAUGUCCGUGACCACGUGGACUGUGACAUCACCAUCUUCCACGGUCGCAAGGACGAGGUUAUUCCUGUGGAGUGCAGCUACAGCGUCAAGACCAGAGUGCCACGUGCCACUGUCCACGUCAUUCCUGAUAAAGACCACAUCACCAUUGUCGUCGGCAGACAAAAGGAGUUUGCUCGAGAGCUUGAGCUUAUUUGGCAAACAUCCAAAACUAUUUAUAAGUGAAUGUAUAUAUAUAUAUGAUAAAAAAGAACUGAAACUUUUUAUGGAGUAUAUUAUGCUAUCUAAACAAAAAAAUAGAUAUACUUUCCUUUUAUAGUUAGUUAAGCUUUUGUUUGAUUUGGAAGAAGAAAAUGACAAGACUAACUUUAGUUUUCCUUUUAUAACAAAAGAAAACUAGAGUGUCGUAGCCUCUCUUGUAAAGACACUUGAACUGAUAAUAAAUAAUAACACGUGGUUACGUGUUAUCGAAUAGCCUC